AUGCAUCUGGCUCACUUCAUGCAACUUGUGGACGAGACAAAUCAGUGUGGAUAUGGGAAGUAUUACGGCAUAAUGAAUUUGACUUCAUUUCAGUGUUGCAAGGACAUACUUAAGAUGCUAAAAUGGUCCAGUGGCAUCCCUCUAUGGAUAUUUUGUUCUCUUGUAGUUAUGACAACACUAUUAAGGUCUGGGCAGAGGAUGGGGACAGUGAUGAUUGGCAUUGUGUUCAAACUUGAGGUGAAUCCGACAGUCUGGGCUUCAUCUUUUAGCGCCAAUGGAGACAAAAUGGUUUCCUCUAGUGAUGAUCUUACCGUUAGGGUAUGGGGUGCUGAUAUUAUGAGGAUGCAGUUGGCUGAUGGAAAUGCUCCUUGGGAAGGGAUAAUUGCCAGUGGAGCAGCUGAUGAUGCUAUCCGUUUAUUUGUUGAGAGUGAAGAUGGAUUGGAAAAUACGCCUCUUGCCUCCGCUAGUGACGAUGGAAAAGUCAAGAUAUGGCGACUAAAUGCCUCGUCUGGAAAUGAGAAGCUACCAUUAUAG